UAAUCCAAUUUAAGAAUGCCACAAAGUGGUCCCCGAGGUACGGCCGCUGGAACUCCAUAUUUUUUCCAUUAAUUGAAUGUAUGAGCUUCUGUUAUGCCGACGCCAAUGUCGGCUGGAUUUCAUAGGAAUUACACGUCUUCGGAUGGAGUGCAGCCAUGAAGACGAUAUUUCUGUACGUCCUCUCCUCGGUAGUUUUGAUGAGAAUAUUAUGCGUAAAGUUUCAAUCGAAUUUAAGGAGCGAGGACUUCGACGGGCCGAGCAUGAAAAAUCCAAUUAUCUGGCGGGAGAAACGACAAAUUGGAAUUUUUAAUGGCACCGAAAGAUCGGACGGAGGCAAAAAUGAGACGAUCGACACGAAUAAGACGCGUAAAGAGGAGCUAGUGGAGAGAUUUAGGAGGCUCUGGCACAUCGACGCAUGGCAGGAGCUGGGGUACUUCUCGGACGACUACCUGUACCUGAUCAACGAGCACUGGCUGCAGUUCCCGCCGCCCAGCGAGAAGUACCAGAGGUUUUUGGGGGGCAUCUACAUAUUCUUCUCCACGGUCGGCUGCUGGGGCAACGUCAUCGUGCUCAUGAUGUACCUGAGGUGCCGAUCGCUCCGGACGCCCGGCAAUAUUCUCGUCGCAAAUCUGGCUCUCAGCGACUUCCUGAUGCUCGCCAAAACCCCCAUAUUCAUAGUCAACUCCUUCCACCUCGGCCCUGUACUGGGUAGGACAGGAUGCGUGAUCUACGGGUUCGUGGGGGGGCUGAGCGGCACGACGUCGAUCGCGACGCUGACGGCGAUCGCGCUUGACCGCUACUGGGCCGUGGUGUACCCGCUGCAGCCGCUGCGCGCGCUCACCGCCAUCCGCGCCCGCCUGCUCGCGCUCGGCUCCUGGCUGUACGCCGCCGUCUUCGCCACCAUCCCCGCCCUCGACGUCGGCUACGGCCGCUACGUCCCCGAGGGCUUCCUCACCAGCUGCAGCUUUGACUACCUCACCGACGAGCUCAAGCCGCGCUACUUCAUCUUCGUCUUCUUCUGCGCUGGCUGGCUCGCCCCGCUCUGCAUCAUAUCGUACUGCUACAGCGUCAUCCUGCGGAUCGUCGUCGGCCAGAGGAACAUGUCUAAUAAGAACCAGGAGCAGCGCAUGUCCUCGAGACACGUGAAGGAGCAGACGAAACGCAAGGCCGAAGUGAAGCUGGCCGUCCUCGUGAUCGUCGUCAUAGCCCUGUUCUUCGUUUCGUGGACUCCGUACGCCGUCGUCGCGCUGCUAGGCAUCUUCGGCCAGAAACAUCUCAUAACUCCCACCACUUCGAUGAUCCCGGCACUGUUCUGCAAGACGGCCGCGUGCAUCAACCCCUUCAUCUACAUCAUAACACACCCCAAGUUUCGGAAGGAGCUGCAGAAGCUGCUGUUUAAGGACAAGUCCCGACGAAUGGGCGGCACGGUUCGCACCAUAGGUUACACGGAAUCAAACAAAAUUCGCCGACCGAGCAGAGACUUGAGUGAGACUGACGUCGAAGUGAUCGAAAUGAAAGACAUUCCAUAUCAGAACCCGGGCGCGGCGUACAGCGCGGCGCCCGUGCGGACCGUGUCGGAGCACGUGGCGGGCCGCACGGGGUCGCAGCGCUCGCACACCAGCGUCAGCAUGAAGAGUUUCGAGGAGAGUGUCGUUACGCCCCCGUCCUGGUAUUCAAAGCCCCAAUUUUCCAAAAAAAGAAGUUUUAGUAGAAGUUCUUCCAAAAAAUCAUUUUAAAAUUUUCGCAACUUCCUCCCUUAUACGACAUUUACACUCAGCCCUGUUGGACAGGGAAGUGGGGAGGGAAGUGGGCAGCGUGAAUAUGUAAAUAGGUGACUCGC